ACGUACUAUUUUUCUACCAAUUAAUUGAUUUCAUUAUUAACCAUCAAACCGCACACCCCACCCACCCCCAACCAAUUAUUUCCCUUGUUAUAUUCCAUUUCUACUCUCUACCAUUCUCCCUACCUCUUCAUAACAUCCUUCAAACAAAUCUUUUUGAACAAAACCUUUAAUACAAAAAUGGUCAACCAUGGCGUUUUUGACAAUAAUAUCAUCUUAGACUUGACUCUUAGUUCAUCCAUGUUGCAACACAACACCACCAAGAAGCCUUGCAACCGCCCGAAUUUCGACCCUUCCUUAACGUUGGCUCUUUCGGGUGAUCAUGGCAUAACCAAGAAGAAACAUGCAUGUGAUCAUGGCGGUUUGUAUGGACAAGAUAGCGGUAGCGGUGGUGGUGGUGGUUCAUCGUUAAUCUCGGUAGCGAGUGUGUGUGUUAAGAGGGAGAGAGAGGUGAAGAGUGAAGUGAUUAGCACAACAAGUGAGGUUGAAGAAGAAGAAGAUGAAGAUGAUGAUAAUAGUGUUAAUGGUAGGAAGAAACUUAGACUUACAAAGGCACAAUCUGCACUUCUUGAAGAAGCUUUCAAACAUCAUAGUAGUUUGAACCCUAAACAAAAGCAAGAGCUUGCAAGGGAGCUAAAGUUGAGGCCUAGGCAAGUUGAAGUUUGGUUUCAAAACAGAAGAGCCAGGACAAAGUUGAAGCAAACAGAAGUGGACUGUGAAUACUUGAAGAAAUGUUGUGAGACUUUAAAGGAGGAGAACACUAGACUCCACAAAGAGCUUCAAGAACUGAAAGCACUCAAACAGUCAACUCAGCCACCAUACAUGCAGCUGCCGGCGGCCACCCUCACCAUGUGUCCGUCGUGCAAACGCAUCGGCGACACCACUUCCUCUGCUAAUACCCGUCCUUUCUCCAUCACUCCAAAACCGCACUUCUUUAAUCCGUUCAACAAUCCAUCUGCGGCUUGUUAAUUAGAUGGGAGUAUGAGUUGUCGUUCUAAAAAAAAAUACUUAUUUAAUUACAUUUUUUAGUUUUAUUUUUUUUACUUUUAACUAGUCAUUAAAAGCAUUCAUGUUAAUUACCACUCUAAUUAAUCAUCCAUGCACAACCCUGAUCAUAUCUUAUUUUUAGAGUCAAGGGUUUGUCAUGAUUAGUGAGAGAUUUAAUUAUUUAUGUUUGUAGACAUUUAUCCGUGUAAAUAUUUCAAGUUUAAGCUUUUGUAUUUCAGGAUACAUAUUUAAUA